GCGGUGAUCGCUGGACGAGGAGUGCCUGGAGUGAUUGGCCAAAAUGCCAAAUAUCAAAAUCUUCGGUGGCAGCUCCCACCAGGAGUUAUCUCAGAAAAUCGCCGACCGCCUGGGCCUAGAGCUAGGCAAGGUGGUCACCCAGAAAUUCAGUAACCAGGAGACCUGCGUGGAAAUUGGCGAGAGUGUGCGAGGAGAGGAUGUCUACAUAGUGCAGAGUGGUUGUGGCGAAAUCAACGACAGCCUAAUGGAGCUUUUGAUCAUGAUUAAUGCCUGCAAGAUCGCUUCAGCCAGCCGGGUUACCGCAGUCAUCCCAUGCUUCCCUUAUGCCCGGCAGGAUAAGAAAGAUAAGAGCCGGACCCCAAUAUCCGCCAAGCUUGUGGCAAAUAUGCUGUCUAUAGCAGGUGCAGAUCAUAUCAUCACCAUGGAUUUACAUGCUUCUCAGAUUCAGGGCUUUUUUGAUAUCCCAGUAGACAAUUUGUAUGCGGAGCCAGCUGUCCUGAAGUGGAUAAGGGAGAAUAUCCCUGAGUGGAGGAACUGCAUUGUUGUCUCACCAGACGCCGGUGGAGCUAAGAGAGUGACCUCCGUUACAGACAGGUUGAACGUGGACUUUGCCUUGAUUCACAAAGAAAGGAAGAAGGCCAAUGAAGUGGACCGCAUGGUGCUAGUGGGAGACGUGAGAGAGCGUGUGGCUAUCCUUGUGGAUGACAUGGCUGAUACCUGUGGCACAAUCUGUCAUGCCGCUGACAAACUUCUCUCAGCUGGAGCCACCAAAGUUUAUGCGAUCUUGACUCACGGAAUCUUUUCUGGCCCGGCCAUUCCUCGCAUCAACAGUGCAUGCUUUGAAGCAGUAGUAGUCACCAAUACCAUACCUCAGGAGGAUAAGAUGAAGCAUUGCUCCAAAAUACAGGUGAUCGACAUCUCCAUGAUCCUCGCGGAAGCCAUCAGGAGAACUCACAACGGGGAAUCUGUUUCCUACCUAUUCAGCCAUGUCCCUUUAUAAUAGAAUAACUUUGAGUUAUUCUCUUUUUAAAAUAAAAUACGGUAAA